CGGUCCCAUUUUUCUUUGCUUCCACAGUAGAUACUUACGUACUCACCAGCAAUUCAACCGAAUAUUUACUUUGAAACACAAAACACUUCCACCUUCUAUUAUUUAUUAACAACUCUCACCGUUUCAUUCCAUUCCAUCAUUACACUUGGCCUUACAACAACACUUUUUUUUCAAUAUUGAUUGAUUUCUUUGCCUACUUCUCAGUUCUCUCUCUCUCUUACUCUCACCGCUUUCUCCUUGGAUCGGUUCUGUCAUCAGUGAGUUGGUGUUGAAGAUACAAGAUGCAGUCUAGUCCUUUGCUUCUUGAGGAGCCUAUCAGGAUGGCUUCCAUCCUUGAGCCAUCCAAACCUACUUUCUUUCCAGCCACGACAAAAAUUGUUGGCACACUUGGUCCAAAGUCACGAUCUGUUGAUGUAAUUUCCCGUUGCCUUGAUGCAGGAAUGUCAGUGGCAAGGUUUGACUUCUCAUGGGGUGAUCCAGAAUACCACCAAGAGACAAUAGAAAAUUUAAAGGCUGCUAUCAAAAGUACCAAGAAACUCUGCGCGGUUAUGUUAGACACUGUGGGACCAGAAUUACAAGUUGUUAAUAAAACUGAUCGUCCAAUUGACCUUGAAGAGGGCACACUAAUUGUCUUAACUCCAGAUCAAAACAAAGAAGCUACUUCAAAUCUACUGCCAGUAAAUUUUAGUGGGCUAUCAAAGGCUGUGAAGAAGGGUGAUACUAUUUUUAUUGGUAAAUACCUGUUUACAGGAAGCGAAACAACUUCUGUAUGGCUGGAGGUUAGUAAGGUGGAUGGUGAUGAUGUCACUUGUCUAAUAAAAAACUCAGCUACACUUACCGGAUCAUUGUAUACUAUACAUGUCUCUCAGAUUCGUAUUGAUCUUCCUACUCUUACUGAAAAGGAUAAGGAGGUAAUAAGCACAUGGGGUGUUCGAAACAAUAUCGACUUCCUCUCAUUAUAUACCCGACACGCUGAAGAUGUUCGCCAUGCCCGUGAAUUUCUCUCUAAGCAUGGUGACCUCAAGCAGACACAUAUUUUUGCAAAGAUUGAAAAUGUCGAGGGAUUGAAACAUUUUGAUGAGAUUCUGAGGGAAGCAGACGGUGUCAUCCUCUCUCGUGGAAAUUUAGGGAUAGAUCUCCCACCUGAGAAGGUGUUUUUAUUCCAAAAAGCUGCUAUUUACAAGUGUAACAUGGCUGGGAAGCCAGUAGUUGUCACACGUGUCGUGGAUUCUAUGACUGAUAAUCUGAGACCUACUCGUGCUGAAGCAACUGACGUUGCCAAUGCCGUUUUGGAUGGCAGUGAUGCAAUUCUCCUUGGGGCAGAGACCCUAAGGGGCUUAUACCCUGUAGAAACCAUUUCUAUAGUGGGAAAAAUUUGUGCUGAGGCAGAGAAAGUUUAUAAUCACGAUUGGUAUUUUAAGAAGACUGUCAAACAUGUGGGAGAGCCAAUGAGCCACUUAGAAUCAAUUGCUUCCUCUGCGGUUCGAGCGGCCAUUAAGGUUAAGGCCUCUGUUAUUAUUUGCUUCACUUCAUCUGGAAGAGCUGCAAGGUUGAUUGCUAAGUACAGACCAACCAUGCCUGUGAUAUCUGUUGUCAUUCCUCAAUUAAAAACAAAUCAACUCAGAUGGACAUUCACCGGCGCUUUUGAGGCUAGGCAAUCACUGAUUGUGAGAGGUCUUUUCCCUAUGCUGGCAGAUCCUAGACACCCGGCUGAGUCAAAUACUGGAACAAAUGAAUCAAUUUUGAAGGUUGCUUUAGACCAUGGCAAGGCUUUUGGUGUCAUAAAGUCACAUGACCGUGUUGUUGUCUGCCAGAAAGUUGGUGACUCAUCAGUUGUCAAGAUUAUUGAGCUUGAAGACUAGAACUUUUGUGUCAUUUCAAGGAUGCAUAACUAAACUCAUUUUGAAGCUUUUUCUGUUUCAUUUAGUAACAAUCACGCUAGAGAUACUUAUUAUAGAGUGGCCUCUCUCAUUUUGCUGAUUUUAGUCAUGUAAUCUAGUUCCACUGUUGAGUGAUUUAAAGCGGUUGUGCAGCCUUCACCUUUGUUAUAUCUUGUAUUGCCUCCUCUAAAGGCAAUUUUGAACUAUGAAAAUUGAAACUUUAUGUCAAUAAUUUCUAAAAUUGUGUUCUAUGUU